AUGUUUCGAAGCCGUAGACGAGUGCCAUCAGAAGGAGCGCUCCGGGUGCUGCGCCAGCUCGCAUACAUCUCAUCUGGUACCGCAUGCGGUGCCGCCGCCCUCGUAGCAGAAGAGCGCCGCCGCCAGACGAACCUCGUUUCCAAGAUCGCCGAGAACUCGCGCCGCUUGAAACAACACCCCCGCUACCAGCAUGCCCACGCCGCUCAUCGCAGACUCGCCGACGAUGCUUCCUACGACGACGCCACAUCCCACCCCAAUGAGGCGUCUAUACCAGACGAAGACCUGGUUCCACAGGCAGAAACCUUCCGAAAUUCUCUGCUACCAUACGAGGUUGAGCGAGGAUACGCCAAACUCAACGCACACCAACCACUCAACGACGAUAAGAGCCAACCUACUCACAACCCUCGGCUGAAACAACAGACAGCCCACAAGUCAAAGGCUGACCUAUCCUUCUUGACGACCGCUCUCAAAUCCUAUGGCCCGGCCAGCGCAGUGGCCAGGUUCAACAAGCGCUGCGACAGGCUUAUUGACACUAACCAGAGAAAUACUGCCUUCGGUCUUCUCAGAGCAGCCUUCGAUCAUUUUAAACAGGAGAGCAUAAUCAUUGAUGCACUUCAAUAUGCUGCCACUCGUCUAUUCUAUUCCUACCUAGCUGAGCAGAGCUUCAAGAACUGUCGCAAGCUGUUGGAUCGUAUGGAGCAGCAAGGAUGGUCCAUCACAAACUGUCUAGACAGCCUUGCACUUGCCUGUACCGAGCCUCUUCGCUCCACAGAGUUGGUUCAGUUGAACGAAAAAUAUGGUGACAGGUUUGCUUUUCCCCAAAGCACCUAUCCUGCUUUGUGUGCAGCAUACUCGACACGGAAUCCCGAGUUCUGCGCCAUGCUGUUUGCGAAACACAUACCCAGGUCAGAUCGCCUUUCAGUGCUCCCUUCAUGUGAGUCUGCCUGGCCUGCCAUAAUCAACCACAUGUGGUCUGUCACUCACAGUUACAAUCUGGUCGACUCGCUUUUUGUCCACAUGUGCAAAUCAGUAGACCAACCGCCUCUUGCUCUCUACAAUGCAAUGAUUCAAGUUUGUCUCCAAUUUGGCAGAGUUGACCGAGCUCAUGACCAUCUCAAUACCAUUCAGCAGAGCAAACACAUGCAACCGGACGUUAUUACUUUUGGCCACUUUGUCUACAAGACUUCUUCGGAUGCCGAUUGGCCAGCCAUAGACGUCUUGAUGGCCAUGCUGGUCCGAGCAGGAGAAACGGAAGCGACUCCAGAGAAACGUACUGAUCUGUUUAUCCCUGUCCUCAAGGCAUAUGCCAGGAGUCAUCAUCCCGAAGAAGUCUGGGCUUUCGCUUUCAAAGCUAUCGACCAAUAUGGCGUUCUUCCCGAUCCACGUAUCUUGGACAUCGGUCUUGGAAACCUCAUCAGGAUUGGCCGCUUGGGAAUGAUACAACCAUGGGUCAAGAAAAUGUCAACUUACGAUCAAGGUGCACAGAUCACCUCAAAAACAGCCUUGACCAUGAUGCGGCAGUUCUACUUCGACACCAGACCCUCUCAUACCGUCUUGGUGUGGCUCUGCCGUCAUCUGACGAAUAACGUGCCAGAGUACUGGUCUCCUGGCAUCCUUACUUUGUUACGUGAGGCUGUAGCAUACGAUAUUCGAGGCUAUCGAGAGAGCCAAGCUCACAGGAGGCGGCAUGCAAUGUAUAUGCUCGACAUGUUGCAACAAGUCAACUUCGACUCGCCGAGCUUGCCAAAACCUCUCUCUUGGUAUGAGUUACAGCAGCUUACAGAACGUGACCUGACUACCGCUCCACCUUUUGAUACAAAUAUCAGUCCACAGAGUGCAAUACACGAUGAACCACGGGCGAAAACUCGGCCCGAGGAUCUGAACGAUCUGCAGCCAUUAGAGGAUGAUGAGCCAUCCGCGUAUGAUCUCCCAGAUACUGCACUCUCUACAGCUACUCGGAAGAAAUUAUCAAACGAGCACGAGAUGCUCAUGGCUAUGUCCAAAGGUCAGUACGCCCAAGUUCUGAAUUUGUACGAAAGCAGUCUGGGACAGAGUGGCUUGCCUGCUUCAUCGUAUUCUCUCGAACUGGCGAUGCAGGCCCGUACGAAGUUGCCAGACGAUGCUGGAACGCUCGGUGACUAUAUCGACACGGCAAGUGAAGCUGGUAUGGACACAAUAGCGGCAUUGAUACCGCUUCUGAACCAUCAGGUACAGAACGCUGUCGUAGGCUCGCGCAUGCAUAUCAAUGAGCUCUGCGAAACCGUACGAUCUUUCUAUGAGAACAUGGUCAAGAAUAAUGUCGCCAUCAGGCAUCACCUCGCCACGUCAGCAGCAACGGUCCUGCUUCGAAACAACAAGGCGAACGACGCAAUCCAGCUGCUCUCGCAGAUCUACCAUUCGAGAUGGGCCGAAAAAGUGCCCUUUGAUCUGCCGACCAUGACUGUAUUGCUACAAGCAUACGUCCACGUGUCUCACAGCUCGGGCGUCGAGUGGGUCAUCAAGGAGGUUCUUGCAUGGGACUAUCGCAUUGACUACGGCUUCAUGACCGUGUUACGAAAUGCAAGAAGGACAGCCGAGAGACGAGCACAAGUCGGAGGUGAUAAGGGCAUGAAUAAUCUCAGACUGUCAAGAAUGCUAGAGUAUUACGCAGACGUCUGCAGAGCAAAGCAGAAGACACAAAUCAAGCGCGCAUCACGUUUUGGAAAUCGUCUUGUCAAGGCCAUGAUCAGGCUUGCGAGACCGACAUCAACAAGAGAACCCUGGCAGCGACGAGCAGAGCGUCACGGGCUUGAUCCUGACAUGUGGUCGCAUCGUGGAACCAUGUGGCGGGUCAAGUAUCCCUACCACAAGAGAGUUCGACGACGAGGACGGAGACGGCCUUCACCUGUGGCCGAAGAAGGAAUCGAGCAAGAGCAGGUCGAGAAAGAACAAAGUGAACUAGAUUUGACAUGGUAG